AUGUACUUGUGUCAGCUGAUACAGAGGAUGACAGGCAGAUGGUGUGUGGAGUACUUGGACUACGGCUGCUACUGUGGGCAUGGGAACUCUGGGGGCGAGCCGGUGGAUGAGGUGGAUCGGUGCUGCCAGAUUCACGACGUCUGCUUCGGCCAGUCCUCCUGCUACAACUCCUGGUGGUACUACCUCAGCUGGUACCAGUACCAGUGUAAUGGCACCACCUGUCAUUGUACAGAUUUAAACGACGACUGUCAGAUGAGUCGAUGCCAGUGUGACCUUGAACUCUCCCAGUGCCUGGGCAGACAGUCCUACAACGUCAGCAACUACAACUACAACCAGACGCUAUGCACAGCAGCGUGA